AUGAUGUCAUCUCUUACAGCAAUCGACGGCAACUAUACACAGUGGACAGAGUGGUCUGACUGUGGCGUCACAUGUGGUAGAGGUGUCCAGAAUCGAUCAAGAAGCUGCACCAAUCCACCCCCACAAUACGACGGGAAAAGCUGCGAGGAUGUGGGACCAGCCGAUGAAACGAAAGAAUGCAAUAAAAACCCGUGUCCAAUUGAUGGAAAUUACACGGCAUGGUCCAAAUGGUCCGAAUGUUCUGUGACUUGUGGCAGAGGAUCAAGGAAUCGAUCACGAGAAUGCACCAAUCCCUCCCCACAAUACGGUGGAAAGGACUGCAACGUUUUGGGUCCUGCAAACGAUAUCCAAGAGUGCAACAAAUCUGCAUGUCCUCCGCCCUGCUCGGCUGGUCUCGAUGUUGGCAUCGUGUUGGACAAAUCAAAAAGUGUCAAGAUCGCCAAUCUUCAUAAAGUAAUCGAUUCACUGGUUGACCUCGUGGACAAGUUUGAGCCGGCCCCAGACAAAGAUCAUUUUGGUUUAGUUACGUUCAAUAGGAGAGCCCACGUUGAGUUCACGUUUGCUGAGGAAGCUCGUUUCAGCAAAGAGCAACUAAAAGAAAAAAUAAAAGACAUGCCACGUACAUUGGAGCUUCAGACGCGCACUGAUCUGGCUAUGCAGGCAGCCAGAGAUCAGCUUUUCUCGCCAUCUGGAGGAGACAGACCAGAUAAACCAAAUGUCAUGAUUGUACUCACGGAUGGAAAACCUACAAAACAACCCAGGGAUUUCAAGAUUUUCGCAACUGAGUUUUACCAGGACCCCAAGGUUGCUGAUCUGUACACCGUUGCAGUGGGUAUUGGAACUGGCAUCAACAUAGCAACCUUACAUGAUAUAGCCGGUUCCAAUGGAAAUGUAAUCGCUGUAGAAAGCUUUGAUCAGUUAGAAGCGGAACUGAGUGAAAUUAAGGACAAAGUCUGUGAAUAAACACGGAAUGAAAGCAACAGCAAGCAUUGCUUGCAAAAGAACCAUUAAGAGGGACAACAUUGGAAUUCACUGGGGUAGCAGUAACCGGGUUACAGAGCCAUGCAUAAGGAGUACUUAUGGAGAAAAACGGA